CCACAGAGUCCAGCAGCUCUUCAUUCCGCAACAACACUGCAAGACUGCGACUGGUGAACAGAGCAACAUGGCUCCAUCACUUCUUGCUACAGCAGGAGGACUUCUGUUACUUUUCUCCUUUUCAUCAGCACAAACCAGAGGAGACAGCAUUAUAUCAUCAUGCAAUCCAAAUGACGGCUUUGGAAGGUAUUGUCCAACUACAUGUGGAGUGGCUGAUUACAUGAUUCGAUACAAGCCAGGUGUAACCAGGGAGUUAGACGAUUUGGUACAGGCACUUGAAACAAUUGCCAAUUUGACCCAAGAAGCUGAAGAAACAGUUGUCUACAUGAAAGAUUCUACUACUUCAGCUCAGAAGAGUGUGCCUCAAGACUCAUACAUCAAAAAGUCAUCGAGUAUUCUGGAUGAAGUCGUUCGAUUUGAAAAGACCAUCGUCGCACAGGAACAGCAAAUAUCUGAACUUCAGAGUUUAAUCCAGACCAACGAGUUGAAUAUGGUAAACUUGAAGAAAGUCUCCAGUUACCUGCAGCAGAAAUGCAGUCAGCCCUGCAAAGAAGAAGUUGAAGUCGAGCCCACCACAGGAACAGACUGCCAGGAUGUUGCAACCAAAGGUGCCACCAAGAGCGGUCUUUACUAUAUCAAGCCAGCCAAAGCCACAGAGCAGUUUCUGGUCUAUUGUGAGAUUGAUAACUUUGGACGUGGCUUCACAGUAAUACAGAGGAGACGUGACGGCAGUGUGGACUUCCACAAGGACUGGAUCCAGUACAAGAACGGCUUUGGUUAUCUCUCACCAGAUGACACCACAGAGUACUGGCUUGGUAACGAGAAGAUACAUCUGCUGACUGCCAGCACAUCAAUGCCAAUUGUGCUGAGGAUAGAGCUUGUUGACUGGGAUGGCAACAAAAGGUAUGCCGACUACAACAUGUUCAGACUUGGAUCAGAGGCCGACAUGUACCGUCUAACAUACGGCUUCUACUUUGGUGGUGAUGCUGGAGAUGCUUUCGAUGGCUUUGACUUUGGUGAUGAUCCCAGUGACAAGUUCUACACGUCUCACAAUGGCAUACAGUUCAGUACCUUCGACAAGGACAAUGACAAGUAUGAUGGCAACUGUGCUAAACAAGACGGCUCUGGCUGGUGGAUGAACAGAUGUCAUGCAGCGCAUUUGAACGGCAAAUACUACCAGGGUGGCAGGUACACAGAAAAGGAUGCAGGUGAAUUUGGCUUUGACAAUGGCAUUAUUUGGGUCACAUGGCACAACCGCUGGUAUUCCCUGAAAGAGACCACCAUGAAGAUCAUUCCCCUCAGUCGCAUCACUGCCGGUGGACAGCAAUCUGGUCAUAAGAAUUUUGGCGGACUUGGGGAUUCUUAAAAAGUAGACUCAUAUGCUUGUGAUCUGUUUAGGCUGCAGAUAACAUGUUUAGCACAACAAAAACCAACCUUAAAUGAAGAGUAGUUCUCCAUGGAAAGUUCCUGACAUUCUGAUGUGUCUCGGGGUGUCACGUUUUCCUUUUCCUCUUCAGUGUUAAGCACUAAAUAAAUGUCUUUUCUUAGCCAA